AUGUGGACAGUAUUCGGUUUAUCAGGUUAUCAUACAUCUUUGAUUUGCCGGGGAUUUUCAACGCAUGAAGAUAUACGACAUUUCCCAAGGAUAUUAAAACAAGCUGGUCACAGAAAUCCUUAUUCAUAUAAAAAUAUGUUUUACAAUUUCAUCUAUGUACUUUUUGGUCCUCAGAUGCCUAGCCUCUUACGUGGUUGGCGAAAAGUUAGUGAAGAUGCUUGGCCAGUUGGUGCUAAAGAGUUGGAUUCAUCAAGUGGCCAUAUUAGAGAUUCAACAGACAAUCAAUCAAAUGUAUCCUCAGUUAUCAGUAAACAUAAUCCACCUGUCCCUUUACCAAUUGAUAUGCUAAGUAAUAAUCGAAAUGCUGCACGCAACAGUCGUGCAUAUGAACAGUCAUCGUGUGCAUCAGAAUCGCCACAAAUCCCAAUUAUACGUAAAGAUGAAUCGUCGAAUAUUUAG